UUGAUUCCCAAGUCCAAAACAUCAUCCAACCAGGAAAACACAUACAAUGGCUUCCACUCCCUUCCAGGUCAAGCAUUUCGAAGUUCUCUCAAGUUUUCCGGUUCACUUGUCUUUCACGAAAGUUCCGUUCUUACACCAACCAGGUUGACCUGCUGUCGGCCACGGUCCUCCACAGCGGACGCAAACGAUUGCCUCAACUUCUCUAUUUACACCACUGCACCAGGCACAACAAGAGUUGAAAGAUAUCACUUCCUCAAUUAAAAAGCCACUGAAAACCAUCACCAGUCUACCCAGGUAGUCCACCUUCAAACAAUGGCAGAGCCCCUCAACACGCCGAUGCCCGCGAGCACGCCAGUACCGGCGUCUACUCCGCGAUCAUCCUCCCCCGCGCCGCCCCUCCCUAGCCUUGCGCCCAACGCUUCCAUAAGCACAAUUCCACGACAAUCACCACGACAAUACUCAAGCGACGGACGACGGCCCAUCGUCCUUCAUAUCGGCGAUCCCAUCAAAUACAACCUCGCCACGUAUACCGAGUUCAGCCAAGCGUUCGAGGUUAUCCGACCCAGUACCGCGGAGAGAGAACGAAGCGAGUUCAAGAAAGCACUGGAAGAACGACGAUGGGGUGACUUCAGCGCCAUAUUCCGGCCAUUCUGGGGUACUGGCGGCGAGAUGGGUCGUUGGGACGCUGACCUUAUCAGCUUGCUGCCCAUCUCGGUCAAGGUAUUUGCCAGCGCGGGCGCAGGCUUCGACUGGGCAAACACAAAAUUUUUGGGUGAAAGAGGCAUAGUCUACUGCAAUUCAGGUCCCGCAGCCGCUGAAGCCGUUGCCGACUUUGCUGUGGCAAUGGUCAUCUCGACGUUCCGGCACCUUCCCUGGUGCAUGGGCGCUGCGACACUCCCAUAUUUCCACUCAACGCCCUCUUCCCCCGACUUCACGACCGCUUCCGUGGCCUCGAUAGCUAGCAAAACCUUCCAGGCAUGCCACUCUCUCGCGACAGCCGUCUCACACAACCCGCGCAACCAUGUUCUUGGUAUUAUAGGACUUGGUAACAUCGGCCAACAGAUCGCUGCCAAACUCGGCUCAGCGUUCGGCAUGAGGAUUGCAUAUUACGACAUUGUGCGCAAACCUGCCCUCUUGGAGUCAUCCCUCGGGGCUAUAUACCACUCCAGUCUAGAGCAAUUAUUGGCUAUAUCCGACUGCGUGGUGCUCUGCACACCUGCUUCAGCCGAUGGGAAGCCUAUCAUCACCACGGAUGUCCUGAAACAUGUCAAGAAAGGCUCAAGGUUCGUGAACGUUGCACGUGGAAGUUUAGUCGAUGAAGAAGCGCUGGCAGACGCGCUGGAGGACGGGAGAAUCAGCGCCGCGGCAUUAGAUGUGCAUGCUGAGGAGCCCAGUGUGAGUCAGAGGCUGGUAAAAAUAGCAUUCGGAGAACAUGACAUUGUCAGAAGUAACAGGCAAGAGGAGGCAAAAUCCAGCUUCGACCACCCUGGAAGAGUCAUGUUGACCUGUCAUAAUGCCGGUGGUACGGUGGAGACGCAUAUCGGGUUUGAGGAACUGAGCAUGAGGAAUAUCAUGGCAGUGCUGGAAGGGCAGAAGGCAAUAACUCCGGUCAACAUGCACUAUUUGAAAGCCACGGAGUAAAGGGCACUUUCGGGUUGUUUCCCCUUCUUCCUCGCUUUUCAUGCUCGUUCAUCUUUGUCCCUCUGGUUUCGGUAAAGGGAACGUUGAUUCGUCUUAAAGAGUUUAGGGUCGAUGAACGAUAAGUCGGUGAUGAUCAACGCGACAGUCAUUGGUGCCGCAAAAAUCGAAAGACCAGCGGAAGUUAGUCCAUGGUGGGGGAGGUACAUUUCCGAGGCAGCUGGUGAUGAGUUCAUGGGUCAGCCGUUACUCGUUGAACGUCGACCAAAGUAACGCACAGCCACAAACAAUUACCCGAGCUUACAAGAUCAUUCAGAAUCAAAGGAGCCCAAUACCAGCUUAUCCAGAGGUAAACAAAGCAUUCCUAAAUCACUGCAAAGUCGCAGAGAAUUCUUGAGUCUGCCUAAGGUAGGUUUUUGAAAUGAAGGACGCAAGAGUACCGGUUCACGCAUAGAGGUACAUACAGCAUAUGUUUAUCGGAACUAAUUGAUGUCAGUUUUCCCUGAGAAUAUGGAGAUGAUGUACGCUGGACUGUUAGUAUGGGAUGAUUUGGGGAUACAUUGCAGCGUACCCAUCACGAGUUCUGCAUAUGAAGAGGAGCAGAGUUCUACACAGUUCAUGCAUCAAUCCUACCGUUGUUCACUCUCUGCUGAUAGUUUUGUAUAGUACCUAA